CCAAACUAUGUGAAAGUGGAUCUCCAGCCUGCAUGUUGUUCAGCUUGGACUCCAUGAUGGAGGAGGGAGAGCUGCAGGAGAUAACUCGUGCUAACCUGUGCUAACUCACUAUCUCUCUCGUGUUGGCCACGGCUCGGUGUCCUCUCAUCCUCCCAUGUCUCUACCGGUUGUCCUGCCCGGGUCCUGCUGUCCGGUGACCGCAGAGCCGUGUUUCAGAAACAGACCCCGCGGACUCUCCGCCUCCUCCCGGCUGAGCGGCGGAGGCUCCCGGUUGCUGCUGCCCGGGCGGCCGCUGCUGUCUCUGGGCUUACUGCAGCUGCUGCUCGGGGGCUCCAUGGUGGCUCUGUCCGUCGGAGCUCUGUCCCUGUCCGGGUCCCCGCCCGUCCGGACCGCAUGUCCCUUCUGGGCCGGCUCCUCGGUGAUUCUAUCAGGUGUGGUUGGACUCACCACAUGGAGGAGGCCCAUGCUGCUUCUGGUGAAUGUGUUUGUGUUGCUGUCUGUCGUGUGUGUGCUCCUGAAUCUGGCCGGAUUCAUCCUGUGCUGCCAGGGAGCCCAGCUGGUUUCCAGUCUGACCAGCUGCCAACUGAGUGAAGCUAGAGAUGUGUGUUACUGCUGCUCUGUGUCUUCGACAUCCGAGUGUCCACAGGAGAAGCUGCUGGAGCUUCAUCCUGCUCACUCGUGCAGCACCAUGAGGAUCCUGUUAAAGAAAGUGUUGUUUGCACUGUGUGCUCUGAACGCUCUCACUACAGCUGUGUGCCUGAUGGCAGCCGCUCUCCGAUACUUGCAGAUCUUCUCCAGCAGGACCCCCUGCAUGGACGAGCCCAGGGCCACAGUGGAAGACAGGGAACAGGCUGCCCAGGUGCCGGACCCUGAUGAGUUUGUGGCCCCGCCCCCUCCCCCGUCAUACUUCUCUACUUUCUACUCAUACACACCACGCCUAGCUCGCAGAAUGCUCGGGGAUAGUGUGAUUCCUCUUCCUCAUAUCUACGGUGCUCGGAUAAAAGGGGUGGAGGUCUUCUGUCCAUUGGACCCUCCCCCUCCAUACGAAGCUGUUGCUGGAAGCUCCACCCACACAGAAACACAGGAGUGCCAAAUUUCUGUGUCAGAGGAGACCAUGACCCCCCUUCCACCUGGAGCCUCUGUUCAGGAAUCUCCACCAAGAGGUCUUCCUCCUCCGGCCAACCCCCCGCUGCAGCCUUCUCCUCCUCCUCCUCCUCCUCCAACACCUCCUCCUCCUCAGCAGUGUACUCCUCCUCCUCAGCUGCGUAAUCCUUCUCCUCGUACUCCUCCUCAGCAGCAUUCUCCUGCUCUGAUUCCCCGCAGGAAAACCAGGAUCCAUCGGUCCAGCAGUGACCCGGUGCUGAUGGACCUGGCUGCUAAAGUUCAGAGCAGCGGCGCCCAUCUCAACCCCCCUCAGACCACAGACUCCUCCACACAGACCUCACAGCCCCUGCUGGCCCCGCCCACUCAGGCCCAGGUCACUCUGAGACGGGCCAACAGGGAAAGCCGGUCCGCCCGGCAGCCCCGGCCCUCCUCAAUGGUGGACUACCAGAGCUACAGACACACCCAGCAGCUGGUACGCCGGAUCCUGGAGCAGCCAGCCGCUCAGGGUCUGACCACGGAGGUCCAGGAGCUGGUGGACAGCAUCCGCAGUGUUCUGCAGACUGACCAGGAGCAUAUGGAGGAGGCUGUCCGCUGUGCGAGUUAUAUAGAGCAGGUGUUCAGUGACUCACAGGUGAGGCCCCAUCACUCUGACCCCCCACAGCAGCAGGAAGUUGGUUCUCAGACUUUCCCUCGACCCCCCAGGAGGACACCUGGUCUGUUGCACCUGCAGAGCUGUGGAGACCUUAGCUCCUUCACCUGUGCAGCGAUCGAUUCUGUGGAGCAUCGAGGAAACAGGAGGGUGAGGUCGAGGGCAGGGUCAAGGGCGGGGUCGAGGACAGGGUCGAGACCGGAUCACCCUGAACGCCCGCACAGCCUGAUCGGAGUCUUCAGAGAGACAGUGCUUUAAGCAAAACAUAGAAAGCUGAUCUGUGUGUGUGUGUGUGUGUGUGUGUGUGUGUGUGUGUGUGUGUGUGUGUGUGUGUGUGUGUGUGUGU